UAUCUCUCCCACUCACUCCCCUUCUCUCUCUUCUCACACACAAAACCACUUGCACACAUGUCAUGUUGCUCCAAGCUGCGCAUGGUUACUGUCCAAGGUAUUAGUUUCUCUCAGCAUGUCAGAGAGGGAGAGGCUCAGGCACACUUUGCAAACCAUGUAGCCGAGUCCAUUUUUUCCUCCUUCUUCUUUCGCACACCCCGAGAAAAAGAUGAGUGUAAAAAUCUUUUGAAACUUGUCCGGAGGUGUGGGCUUUUGUCUUUUUCAUAGCAGUGGUCAUCCCUCAAGACUAAGUCAAACUUGUCCGCCAGGUUUCCAGCAUUCCUGAGAUCGUUCAUCUACUGAUGCUCGCGGAGGCUUGUGCACAGUGCACUCUUGACAGUCAACAGCACCCCAAGCUGUUCCCUUCUGCCUCAGAGGGACUUUAAGGGACUUAAACUUACCACGGGAGCAUCCUCUGCCUGGGGCAGCUGCACAGGUACCUACACUGAGGACAGGCUAAGGAGACAUCAUGAAAGAGAGCUAUUGUGGCUAUGAGAACCAACUCUUCAAAGAGGAGGAUCUGACCGGGGAGGAGGAAGAGAUGCCUCCCUUCAGAGGAAGGACACGGGGUGGCUGUGUGAAGUGCCAGCAAACACACUCCCUCCAACUGGCUGUGAAGGUGCUCUACGGCUUCCUCGCGUUCCUCAUCAUUGCUGUGGCGGUGCUGGCUUCCCUUGUGUUUAGGAAAGUUGACAGCUUAUCUGAAGAGGAAACAUUUUAUCAAAAGAAGAUAACAAAAGUUUCGCAGAGUAUACAAGAUCUUGGAGCAGCCAACAACUGCACAGAAUGCUUCAACCUUGCACACUUCCGAGAGGAGGUUGGCAAGCUGAAGAAGGAGUUUGAGGACAUCCAAAAUCUGGUCCUGGGCCACGAUCAGACGUUGCAACAGGCCACUCAGACACAGAGUACUCUCUCACAGUCCAACAACAGGAUGUUCAGGGACCUCCAGAGCUAUGCUGUCACCAUGAAGUGGAUUAACCAGUCGCUCACCCAGUACCUCCACCAGGUGAAUGGAUGGCAGGUGGUGAUGAACGAGACGGACCAGGGCAUGAAGACCCUGGUCCAGGACCAGUAUGACCUCAAAAUGACGGUACAGACGGUGAACACGACAGUGGGGUUGAGCGCAAUGUGGAUCGAUGCGCUGCAACGCAAAGCCGACGAGGACACACUUGUGCUGCAGAAGAUGACAACGGAGUGGCAGAACUACAGCCGCAUCCUGGGUUCGCUCAAGUCUAACUCGAGCGCCACCAUGCAGUCGGUGCGCAGUGUCCAGAGCGGCAUCUCGGCCACCCACCAGCGCAUCAGCCUGAGCUCGGAGAUGGUCCACGACCUGACGCUGCAGGUAAUGAACCUGCAGAUGCAGCUGGACAACGUCUCAUCGUUCAUUGACGAGCACGAGGAGAACAUGCACGAUCACCAGUACCACUCGCGGUACUACGAGAACCGUACCAGCGAGCGCUUUGGCACAUUGGAAGCCCGCAUGGGUGCCAUUGAGAUGGAGAUCGACACCAUCUCGUCCAGCAUCAAUGCCACCGUCAGCCACGUGCAGAGCAUGUACAAGUACAUCAACAUCGAGAGCUCCUCGUGUCAGACGAGGCUCGGGAGCCACACGGAGGAUCUGCAGAACCUCAACAACACGGUGCUUCUGCUGUUGCACUUAGCCGACACGCUGCGGACCCAGUACAUGCUCAUGAGUGUGCGUCUGGACAUGGACGUGCGGAAUAUCUCCAUGGUGAUGGAGGAGAUGAAGCUGGUGGACACCCACCACGGCCAGAUUAUUCAGAACUUCACCAUCCUGAAAGGUGCUCCAGGUCCACCUGGCCCGAAGGGAAAUCGAGGAGACACUGGCACUAAAGGAUCUAUCGGCCGAAUCGGAAACAAAGGGGACACUGGGCCGGCUGGACUACCUGGGGCAUUGGGACCAAAUGGCUUUCCUGGCCCCAAGGGGGCAACAGGUGAGCCUGGACCCACCGGGGUGAAAGGAAACCCUGGAGUCAAAGGUGCCAAGGGAUCUCUGGGGCAGCCCGGAUCACGAGGGGAUAGGGGCCAGAAGGGCGACAUAGGAGUGAUUGGGAAAGACGGCAUUCCCGGUCCCAAAGGUCCGCCGGGAAUACAAGGACAAGCAGGCUUACCUGGGCUGCACGGCAUACCCGGGCCGAGGGGAAAACCAGGUCCUGUUGGUCCACCUGGCCCACCAGGAACACCGGGACACCCAGGCCUACCUGCCACCGCAUCUUGAACAGCUUCUUAAAGCAAAUCAUGCCCUUUAUCCUGAGUGGAGACGCACUGACAGCCAAUUGAAAAAAAAGAAAGAAUGUGUACUUGUUUUUAAUUACUCUAUGUGGAUCACUGAAGAAUCCACAUUUGACUUGGGAUGGGAUUGUAUACUUCUGAGCCUCAAAAACUCUCAAAAUAACCCCCUGAAUGGUUUGUUUGGGAAGCAGGAGACAUUUCUCCAGCCUCAAGGGCCUGAUUUUAAUGUGCUGGAAAUUCACAGUGUGGGGAUUAAUUUGCCAAGUAACUGGAGUGUGGAAGCAAUCGAGUGUUUAUUGCUGUGUGGCUUGUUGAUACCACAGUACACUCAUGAGGGGGUGCUCUGUUGAGUUUACAAGCCAGAUUUUUUUUUGUUUCAAUUUUGAUGGCACUUUAAUGCUUUUGAUGUGUAAUGUUGUACUCCUGUUUGUAUUUGUUUUCUGAGCUAACAGUGGUUCAGAGCGGGUACUCUGAAUCAAUAACAGGUUUUAAAGGAACAACACAAAACCAGACAGUGCCGUUAUGACAGUAGAUCUCCCUCUACAGAAUAUGUUAAAUAACUUUAGUUGCAGAAGACAUGAGAAAAAUCUGAUACUGUGGCACAAAAUUGGAUUCUUUAAGUUUGAUGGUUGAAACCAAUAAACAGUAAGACAACAGAGAGAUAUUUACCAACAAGAGGUACAGUACUACCUGAUUCAGUAGACUCUCUUUACUAUGCUGAAAUGCUCUAUGAGGUGACAGUAACUCUGUCUUAUGUACAGUGUACUAAAGCAUAUGUUUUUAAAAAACAUAUUUACUGACAAUCUAUAUUCAACAUUGUUUUUGAGAUGUUGUUAUUUUCCUUAUAUUCUCCUUGCACAUAAUCUAUGAUUUAUGAUAAAAUUUAUUCCACGUUUUUAUUGCAGUGCAAUUGCAAAUAAUAAAAAGAUUACUCAAA